AUGAGUGUAAACCAGGAUCCCAACGGUCAAUCUGGCCCUGGCCUCGACUUAGCUCCUGUUGCUUUUGAUGCCGCAACGCCCGAUCUUCUUGCCGCAAUUGGUGCUGGCACUAGUUUUGCUCCAGAUACAUUCCCUGCUGUUUACCCUGUUGCCCCAGCUCCUCCGCUUCCGCAGCGUAAGCAGAAUAUAAGCGAGGGGUUCGCAAAUCCAAGAGGCGACAAUCUCUGCUAUCGAAACGCCGCCCUCCUUGCGCUCCUUCAUACGCCAGCCUUCAGAACAUGGGCCAUGGGAACUCAUCUACGCUAUAACCCCCUAUAUCCUCACCACCCAACUUGCAAAGGUCCCACGAUCCCACUGGAUGAAGUGCUGUCUCCCAACGAGAACAAGAGUGGAUGUCUUCUUUGCAAUAUUUAUACGCUGUUUACUUGGUACCAUUCUGGCAACCGUGAUAAGGAUUGCUAUAUUUAUAAGCAGGUUGAGGGCACGUCGGUGACAGUGAAAGGCUUCCACAACUGGGCAAUGGACGCUCUUUGGCGACGAUACCGGAAGACGAGAGACGGGAACUGGGCAACAUCGGGGUCUCAGCAGGAUGUCUUUGAGCUGCUGGAGAGACUGAUCAAGGCCCUUCACAGGUUGGUACAGCAUCUGCCAGCGCACCCUAUUGCGGGCCCCGACAUGGGGCAACCCAUGGGUCUCUUUGUCAGCAGGAUACAAGACCUCGAGCAAUGCAAAAACUGCCCCAGAUAUAGGAACUUGGGUGCCGCGGAUUACUACAUGUAUGUCGGUUUGCCGCUACCACCUAGGACUACAUUCGUGCCCAAGUUCCAAGACAUGAUUAAUUGGGCCUGGAAUCAGGAUAUCAUAUCUGACAACUUCUGCGAAUGCGGUGAUCUGGAAAAGAGAGCCGUCCGCAAACGACGAUUGGAACUUGCCCCCGAGGUGCUCAUGUUCCAAAUUGAGCGAACGGUCCAGAAUCAGAAGUCACUCCGUGCAUUCAAGCUCGAGGACGAGUUUGAAGUUCUCUCUUCCGUGUUACCAGAGGGUCAGGCUUCGAUCAAGUACAAUGUGAAGGCAGUCAUCUUCCACCAAGGUCCUAGCCUGACAGCCGGACAUUAUACCGUCGGCGUGAGAGAAAUCGGCACCGGACGGUGGGCAUUUCUUGACGACGACAAGCCACCAGUUACUUACAACAACCUUUGGAAGCUUGUUAGUAGCAAACAGCAGCAUGACCCAAAAGCAUUCCAGGUCUAUGCGGUAAUUGCCGAGAAGGACAAGGGAGAGGAAAACGCACCGCCAUCAAUGCCAGUUUCCGAGAGAAAUGUUGCUAGCCUGCUGCCACUGCACAGGUUCGAACUUGAUAUCCAGAUCCAGGCUCGUCAUGUAGAGCUUGGCUGGCUUAGCGGUCGAGCGAGGGUCCCACUACAGCCUGGGCAGCUUCCAGAAUCACGAAACCUCGCAAUCGAAAAGAUGAGGCUCGAACAGGAACUUUCAGAAACCCGGCGGGAGCUAUACGAGCUUAAGAGGCUUAGAGACUGCAGAAGAGGCUCCGGACUCCCAGCAGACCAACAUUACUAA